GACCCCCUAGCUACCGUCCUCUUUCUAGUUGAACGCUGAAUUUAUAGCACCUUGGUAUAACCUCUAUGCUUGGCACCCCAAAGCACUAGUUUCAGCGAGACAAAGUAUACUUGUUUUUUCGUCUUUUGCAUCUACCAUGUGGCCUUUUUCCCUCUCUCUCGUUGGCUUAAAGCAGCAGGAAGCUCCUCUGCUCAGAUCCCAUUUUCCCUUCCUCAACUUUGUACCAAGCUACUCCCCGCUCGGGUUCCUCUCCCCGAUGAAGGCGUACUUUGCGCUGUUGAACUCACGGUUGAUAUACCGCUACAAUGUGCUCAUCUCGUCCUUGUUGAUUAAAAACCGUCCUGCGCCCGGCAGACUUUUCCCUUACACCUUUGAGAUCCUCGACUUGGACAACGACGCCCGCAGUCUGUUCCCGAUUGCGUGUGCAGCUGACGAUUUGGAGUUGGUAUUCACCCAUGACAACUCCAAUGACUACUCCUACCUCAUCCACAACCAGGUGGCUGGAUACGAGCUGAACAACCGUGGCGUUAGCAGCAACUGCACCCAAACCGUCGACUAUUCCUUCGGCGCAACCUCUAAACCUGAGUUCAACGGCGUGGACUACUACGGAAUGGGCGCCAUGAACGGCUACCUGUUGAGCCAGAGCUUGUAUUAUUCACAAAACGAACAGCCUGAGCGUGCGCAGUUCACAGAGUCAAAUACCCCAUACGCCUUUCUGACUCUUCCACCGGUGCCAGAGUUGCAGUCGCAGUUCGCAGCGAACGAGGUCCGUGGCUACAGUCGCUACCAACAGUCCUUUGAAACCCAGGAGCUUGAGCUCUCUAUGAAUGAGGAGUUCGGCGGGCUUGACGAUGAGUUCAUGCUCAGCCAGCGCAAGGUUUCCUUCCACGAACCUGCCGUGAAUAGACACGGCCACAUCACAGAGGCGUUGCUUAAAGAUGAAGAGGAUCUCUCACAGAUCUUGCCUCCACCGUUGGUGUCGCACUACCAUCACUUUCACGGGGAAAAGGAAAGAGCCGAAGGCUUGAACUCUGUGGAGUCUGUCAUCGGGGGCUUCUUCGAUAGUGAUAGCUGUGGUGCUGCGAAUACCGGCAUGCGUUCGUUUGACCAGAGGCCGGCCCGGAAGUCGUACUCGGGCAACUCCAUCGCCUCUCAGGGUUCACAGUCGCGCCACCACAGCUGCAUCGAGGAAAGCGCUUCGUUCAGAAGCUCGCCUACUGCGUCUAUCUCCUCUACCUCGGCGUCGUCUGUGUCUGAGCCGUGCUUUAAGAAGAGAUCGUACUCGAACAUUGAGGAGCAACCGUCAUUUGACUCGUUGACCACCUCGUUCUCUGUAGCCGUGAUCAAGCGGGCAAAACCGGCCAAAGCCCCUGAGGUGGGCCUUUUCAGUGUGAAGAUGGAAGACUCUCCAGAGCCAAUUUCGUUGUUGGAGUCCCAAAAACCACCGACCUUAAUGUCUACCAGCUGCAAGCCAAGCUUCAGACUCACCCAGCCGCAGGCUGAGGUCAUCCGGCCAAAACAGGAAGAGCCGGAGUACAGUACUAUCCCAACCGGCACGGACAUCUACAACUGUCUGAUCUGCGAGGCCAGCUUCAAGGUCAAGGGCUACUUGACCCGCCACUUGAAGAAACACAGCUCUGCCAAGGCGUUUGUGUGUCCUUUCUUCAAUGACCCCGAAGAUACUAAGGAAACCCUCGAAGCUGAUGUAUCCAAGAGCGGUUCUGGCACCAAGUGCCACCCAACCGGUGGUUUCUCGCGUAAGGACACCUACAAGACCCACUUGAAGGCCCUCCACUUCAUCUACCCACCAGGUACCAAGUCGAACAAUCGUUCCGAGGUCGGCGGCAGAUGUGCCGGCUGUUUCGAGUUCUUUGGCAACAACAAUGUCUGGUUAGAGAAGCACAUGGAGAAGCAGCAGUGUCCGGGGGUCGUCAUAGGCUGUACCGAUAUGGAUGAAGUUGACUGAGGUGAGCUUCUGUUAUGAUUUAUGGUUUAUGGUGGGUUUGUCCCGGUCGUCUGUUUUCUUUCUCCUAUUUGUGUUUUACUAUUUAAUUGCAUCACAUCCGACUUUGUCAUGUGAAUAUUACCCGUUCCUUCACUUCGUCGAAAAGCCGCCGGUUUCGGCUCCUUUCCAGGUCUUAUCCAGACCUGUGUUCAUAUUUGUAUUUCU